GGAGGCUGUCAUAUGUCGAAAUCACAAAGAAAAAACUCACCGAUAAACAAACAGGGGCAGUGAUAGUAAUGGCAAGAAGUGACAGCUGACAUAACGUAAGGCCGUACGUCGCAUCUCGAAACGAUUAUGGCGACAUACGUUCAAUCCAACACAAAAACUUGGCGACAAAUAUCAAUCGUAUUGUCUAUCGACGAUCUAUGUUUUGUGGUAGUAGCAAUGAACUGUCAACACUGAUGGAACAGGCGGAACGCGAAUUCAUUGCGGCUAGAAUGAGAAACGAGAAGGAUAGCGCUAGUCAGGGCAAAACAUUGGCAAAACAUCGUGGUCCAUUGUGGUAUUUCCAUAUAAUAUGUUCUAAGGAUUUUUGGUGAAUGUUUGUUUUUAGUGACGUUAAAGAUUAAUAGUGAUAGUUUGCGACAAUUAUUAUAAACAUUUUUAUGCCGGACAGCCUUCAAGAGCUGUUGUUUUAUGUGAUAUUUGUUUAAAAAUGGUUGAAUCUUGCAGUGCGAUGAAUUGUUGCAGUAAACGCAGAAAAGAUGUGAAAAUGAAGUUUCACAGGAUACCUAGAGAUCCUAACAUGAGGAAGUUGUGGUUACAUGCUAUAAGAAGACAAAACUUUACUCCCAGUACAACAACGGUAAUUUGUGAAAAGCAUUUCACUCCAGAGGAUUAUGAAGUUAGUGUUCAUGGAAAUAAGGUACUAAAAAAGGUGGCAGUUCCAUCUGUGUUUGAUUUUCCAGCCUAUCUCAAGAAAGAACCUAGCCAUCGAAGGGUUUUGAAAAGAAAACAUGAAGAAUCCUACCCAAAAGCAACAGAACAAACUUUGGCUAUUGGUGAAGUAGUAGAAGAACCUGAAAAUGGUGAUCAUGCUGAUGAUGGAAAUAUAUUGGCAGCUGGUCCGUCAAACAUAACACAAAAGCUAGGAUUUUUAGAAUCAAGUGAACAUAAAAACAUAUGCAAUUUUAGGGUCAGAAGAUCACCAGUAUACUUUGGGGAUUUAAAAAUUUCUGAUUUAAAUAAUGUGCAGCGUCAGAAGAGAUUUUGGAAAACUGCUCAUGAAACUGUUCAUAAGUACAAAAAAAUUAACAAGUACAAUCAGUGUAAAAUUCGUAAACAAAGAAAUAAAAUAAAAAGUCUGAAUAGUCUGGUAGAUACACUACUUAAGGAGAAGAGAAUAUCUGCAGCUCAGACAAUAGUAUUACCUGAAUUAUUAAUUACUUAUGUUAAAUACUAAUUAUUAUAUCUUCAAAUGUGUAAAGGAGAAUUUAUUGUCAAGUUUCAUACAUAUGUACGAGUAUAUAUAAAUAAAUAAACUUGGUUUUUUAAUUAUAAUUACGUUUCCAGGAUUUUAUCUCGUUCCAGUUGCCUGAAUAACUUUUAAAGUUUCUCUAAGAAUCCUCGGUUUCCUAUGCAAUUC